CCGCGCACCCUGCACAACAACCAUCCAUAUCGGCCUACAAACUGCGUGCAAUCAUCACUGACGCCUACUGCAACCACCCCCGGCUCUGCAAUACCGCUUCCACUGCCUCUCCACGCCCCGCACUCCGAGCAGCCCGCCCGCGUUCUGCUCCCAAACCGCCACCUCACCCCCAAACCUCACCACCACACAUCCCAUCAGAGCGCAAUCGGACAUUUGCUGUAUAUGUAUUCGCGCCAAAGCCACGCUUUCCGACACGAUCCGCCGCCGAAGCUGCAAACAUUUCGCAGAACGCGAAAACCGUGCAGUAAUCACCACUGCACCAACGGCUAGCCGUCUCUGCGCAUCCGCCAGGACACCCGCGAUUCCCAGAUCAACACCAUAGCGUGCAUUUACUGCAUGUCUUUGACAGCUUCUUUCAGCCUACCUCCCUUGCGUUCCCAGCUCCUGCCCCCUCUUUCGCGUUAAAAAGACCGUCAACUACCCAACCGCAACCAUGGCUACCGUCAACGUCCGCCGGGAUGUCACCGAUCCCUUCUACCGCUACAAGAUGGAACGUAUCCAGUCCAAGAUCGAGGGCAAAGGAAACGGCAUCAAGACCGUCAUCGUCAAUUUGACUAGCGUUGCUCAGUCUCUGGCCCGCCCCCCAUCCUACGUAAUCAAGUACUUCGGUUUCGAGCUCGGUGCUCAGACCAACACCAAUCCUAGCGACGACCGUUGGAUCAUCAACGGCGCUCACGAUGCUGCCAAACUCCAGGAUUACCUCGAUGGCUUCAUCACCAAGUUUGUCCUCUGCAAGAAGUGCAAGAAUCCCGAGACAGAUGUACAGAUCAAGGACGGCCACAUCACGCUCGAUUGCAAGGCUUGUGGUCAGCGCUCCGAUGUCGACCUUCGUUUGAAGCUCAGCUCGUUCAUCCUCAAGAACCAGCCCAAGAAGGGAAAGAAGGACAAAUCUACGAAGAAGGCCGACCGUCGUGCCAGGAAGGAAGCUGGGGGCCAAGAUGGCGACGAAGAAUCCCGCAACGGAAACAGCCCCGGCGACAGCAACUCGGACAAUGCGGAAGAAAACGGCGAAGUCGAGCUCGACGCAGGCAGCGAUGACGAACUUACCCGUCGCAUCAACGCCGAAGCCAAGGAUAUUGGCGAAGUUGACGAUGUCAAAGAAGUGCAGUGGUCCGUCGAUACCUCUGAAGAGGCUGUCAAAGCACGAGCCAAGGACCUCCCUGAUGACCUGAAGCGCGCCCUCGUCGUUGGAGACGACGAUGAGGAAGGUGCCAACGGAGAAGGCAGCACUUACGAUGUUUUCGGUAAAUGGAUCGUCGACACUGCCGAUGAGAAGGGUGGAGUGACCAAGGUCGCAGACGUCGACAUUUACCUGAAGGCAAAGGAUCUAGGCAUCGAGACCAAGCACAGGACUCUUACCGUCCUAGCCCAGACUCUCUUCGAUGACAACAUCGUCAAGCAGAUUGAGCCUCGCGCUGGUAUGCUCAAGAAGAUGAUCACUUCCGAGCGCCACGAGAAGGCCUUCCUUGGCGGCACUGAACGCUUUGUCGGCAAGGAGAAGCCUAAGCUCAUCCCCCAAGUGUCUGCUAUCCUGCUUAAGUUCUACGAGAACGACCUCAUCUCUGAGGAAGUUCUUAAGGCCUGGGGCUCCAAGGCUAGCAAGAAGUACGUCGAUCUUCCGACGAGCAAGAGCGUCCGCAAGUCGGCUGAGCAGUUCAUCACCUGGCUCGAUGAGGCCGAGUCGGAUGAAGAGAGCGACGACGAGUAGUCAUAAAAGUUUCAGAUCUGAUAUGACUGCGCUUCGGGCAAGGACAUUACCUGGUCAGCUUGUCUGCCUAGGAAAGGUCUCCGCAUCGUGCUUAUCGACGGGUAGCUGUGUGGCAGUUGCAUUGGUUUCUCAUUGCUUGCUUAGGAUGCCUAUUUGGUUGUCUGUGCUUUUAAAAGGUCUGCUUUUCUGUUUCUGCU